GAAGCAUGUAUCGCUGCGUGUACGCAAAUUUUUUCCCUGCUGCUCUUCAACCUCGUCGUCUAAAGCGAUGGCAACCGAGCUCUGGCGAUACAGUCUGGAUUAGAGAGAGCUAAAGUGGGAAGGCAACGACGGGAUCGCGCGUACGAAGAAAGUAUUUAAUGUUGGAUCUUUUGAACUGGCUUCUAAUUGAGUUAUAUGUGGAGUUAAUGGAAUAUCAAGACAUCUAGCAUACCGUAACCUCUCCCACACAGAAUUUCAAGGUUUGUGCGACGAAAAAGAGAGUAAUCUUUUUACAAACAGAAACAUUACUAGAAGCCAACUGUUUAUCCAGGGCCCUCCAUGGGAAAGUCAAGCAACUUUAUGGAGCCUGCUUCUUUGGAUACUAGAAGACCCAAAGGAAAAGCUGUUUCUCCCAGAGAAGCUGGAAUAGGAUCAUAUAAGAGAAUUGCAAAUUCUCUCAAGUCUUCUAAGAUGCCCGAGGCCGCUAAGGAAAGUGGAGGCAAUGAUGGGCUAAAAUUUCCAACCCAAAUUCAGUAUGGCGUUAGUGAGUGCAUGCACAAUAUUAAGGCAUGCGAUACUAGUGCAAACUCUGUCCACAGAUGCACAUCUAAUAUUGAAAGAGAAGAAGGUUUUGGUUUUUCUGCUUCUGAGCUUGGUGGGUUGCGCGGAAAACCAUCAGUUGCUGCUGAUAUUCACGCUUCAAAAGCCCCUCAACAUGGUUCUUGGUGCCAUGAUGAAAAUUUUAAAAAAGAAUCCUGUAAAUCCUCAACAGUAAGAAACCAUGGCCAGAAACUAUCUAUUGAUGUUGUUUCAAACAGUGAUAAUCAUCGUAUUUCAUCCGGACAACCAAGAAUUUCACCAAGUUCUGCAAAAGUUGGAUUUUUGUCUUCCUAUGCAAACUCCUCAAAAGAAAAUCCUUCGUUUGAGUUCUUUGUGGUAUCUGAGGAGGGUGUUAACCUUUAUGUUGAUUUGAACUCAAUUCCAUCAGAAUGGAUCACAAGUUUAAAAGAUGAAGUCUGCAUCGAUCAGAGAUUGCAGCAUCACAGCUUAGUGUCUUUCUCCAACCCUGCUAGAUGCUCUUCAGAUACUUGUCAGCAUAUGAAAGCUUCUCCAUCUGAAUAUAGUGGGCUAAAUCUACAGAUCAACGAGGUUGAAACAAACACAGGAUGCACCAAUUCUUCAUUAUGUUCCGUGGUUAGUGAGAAUUGCCAGUCUGAGGUCUUUCCACUAGAUGCAACUGUUGCUUCUUCUGGAUCUUUUAUUAUAACUGCAAGCAAUACUCCGACUGAAAUACCAGGGCAUUUGGAAAGAACAGUUUCUUCUCCUUGUGUAGAUUAUUCUAAUUUUGGAAACUCUAAUAUGGUUGAUGAUAUGUUUUUCUCCCUGGAAAAAACCAUAAUACAUCAGGACUCUAUAGACGCUUCAUUCAAAACAAUACAGAGCAAUCAGACAGUACAUGAUGUGUCAACCAAGUCUAAUGCAGAUGAAAUUCCCUGUGCUGGUGUGACAACAGAAAAUAUUGAGACUACGGAGUGCCAUAGCCUGAGCUUUCAAAAAACGGAUGGCAAUGUCGAACUUACAACCGAGACCAAUUUUGCUGCAAGUGUUUGUGCGAAAAAUAAUUUCACGGAACUUGAUGAGAUUUUAGAAAAUUCGAAAAUUACUGACAUUGGUAUUGUUGAGAAUCAGAUAAAUGUGAAACAUUUAAAUUUGGAAAGAGAUUCAAGAUGCAACAACACUGACAUGUCAUGUCACAAUGGUCAAUCAUCAGAUUUCGAUCAACCAGGAAAUUCUUUGCCUGAGAAUGCCUCAAGAUAUGAAAAUUCGAGAAAAAGCAAUCUGCGGAAGAGAAAAUCAAAAUCUUCGCAAUUUCAGAAUCCCACGGACAACGAAGUCUCCAAAAGAACCCAUUGUUCAGAAGAUAAUGAAGAGAAUGAGAAGAGAAAUGUUGUCUCUUUUGGUGCAGUUAAGAAUGAAACAAUACCACAAAAUGUGAAGUCUUCGGCGAAGGAAAAUAUGAAUGAUUUGGCUGUUCUUCGCCGGCGAUCUUCGCGGCUUCUUUCGAAGGUUUAGUAAGGUUUUUAUGGGAAAAACAAUAGCUUUAGAAUAUUCUGAUUAAAUUUUUUGUUAGAUGGACUUUAGAAUGAUUGUAUAUGCUUUAGAAUGUG